AUGACGUCACCGUCAUCAUCACCACCACCGUCGCAACCUUCUUCCACCGGAGAAGAAGCAGAGGUUGUUCACAUUAACCGCCUCCCCGACGAGUUACUACUCUUAAUAUUCACCAAAUUAAACAAUGCAAGAUCCCUUUGUAUCUGCAAUCUAGUCUGCAAGCGUUUCUCCGCCGUCGUCCACCAAACGCCGUCGAUAUUCCUCACAUUUCCUCACCGGCAAUCAAACGAUCGUAAUGAAAAUUUGCCUAAAAAAUUGUUCAAUUACCUUUCAAAAUCCUUCUUCCGGAAGCCACCGCCGAAUAAAUUCGACGGAGCGUUGUUCCAAUCGGCGGUUGAUUCGCUGAAUCAUUUCCAAAAUAUAAGAAAUCUGCAAAUCGAGCUUCCUUCGUUCCAGCAAGACGAUUCAAUCAUCAAAUGGCACGCAGAGUUCGGUAGAGAUUUGAAUCUAUGCGUGAUAUUAUUCGCAACGUCUUUGCAUCAAACAACGUCAUCGAACCACCAGAUCCAGAAUCCGGACACUCUGUUGACGAAUCAGCUUCUGCAAUCGAGAAUCGCGUCUGCGAAUCAGUGUUUUAGAGAAGCGACAUGGCGGCAGCAUAUUCUUCGACAUGUGGUGGAGAAUCACCGCCAAACCCUAGACACAGCCGAGAUCAGCGAUUCGAGCAAGAAAGGUAGGGUUGUUAUGCAUGGAAAACAACAACUACUCGAUCUGCUUGAUCCAGAGGUGAAAUUGCCGGCAUCUGGAUAUGGAAAACUUUGGCAUGUGCAAAUGCUUCGGCUGCCGGAAUCAGGACGUGUACUGCACGGCGUAACGGUUGUGGCCAUCCGACGUACCGGUGAGAAUGAGGAAGAGCAUGAGGAUGUUGGUGUGAAGCAUUUGAUGAGGAAGAAAGUGUAUGAAAUGGAUCAACAUUUUCUUCUAUGGGAAGUUUUGAGUCAUAUUUUUCAGAACCAUGCACCUUCAAGGACUCUCAACAUAAAUGUAAACAGACGAUAA